CUGCGGUCUUAAACGGAAGUUAACAUUUUAUGCUUGUUCAUAGCUGCGUGUAAAUAAUAAUCUUUCAUAUCUUCAACAUUAUUUGAUAAAAUGGAAUAUUUAAUUGGAAUUAAAGGAAAAGAUUAUGUUCUUGUUGCGUCUGAUACAGUAUCAUCAAGGUCUAUCGUUGCCAUGAAGAAAGAUACUGAUAAGAUGUUUAAAUUGAGUGACAAAUUGGUGAUGUUGGUUACUGGAGAACCCGGGGAUACUGUACAAUUUGCUGAAUAUAUAGCCAAGAAUAUUCAGCUUUAUAAAAUGAGAAAUGGCUAUGAACUUAGUCCAAAUGCAGCUGCUAAUUUCACAAGGAAAAAUUUGGCUGAUUACUUAAGAACUUCAUCACCAUACAAUGUGAAUUUCUUACUGGCUGGGCAUGAUGGCACAGAUGGCCCAUCCUUGUUCUAUAUGGAUUACUUGGCCUCUCUGUCUGAAGUCCCGUUUGCUGCUCAUGGCUAUGGAGCUUAUUUUACCCUCAGCAUCCUUGAUCGUUACUAUGAUGAAGAUUUGACUGAGAAAGAUGCCUAUCAGUUGUUGCAUACUUGUCUUGAUGAAUUACAAAAGAGAUUUGUAAUCAACCUGCCUUCAUUCCAUGUUAGAGUUAUUGACAAGAAUGGUAUCCGGGAGCUACCGACAAUUCACUCAAAUAUAAUAGAUAAUUGAUUCUCAUAGUUGUAUUUUCUAUUUCUUUCAUUUUCCACACGUCCACUGAGAAUAAACAAUUGUUCAUAAAAAUAAAA